AUGUCUUCCCAUACACCACCGCAGCUGCUCGGCAGACAACCGCGACGUCGGCCCAAUCAGCAUAGGCUCCCACCACUGAUGGUUCAACCCACACCACCAGUGCGAACAUCACCGCCGUUGUUAAGCACGACGACCAGCACCGAUACCGUCUCUCUCCAUCAUCCUUCCAAAGGGAUGGAUACAUCACGCCGCCGCAGUUCCUCUCCACGCAAUUGUUGUAGUGUUACCGCCGUUGGGCCCCGCGUGCAUGCGGACUCCCGCACGACAAGUUGCCCUGGUGGCCGGGAUGGUGUUAGUUACGCCGUAGAGCACCGUUUGCCAAAGUUGUUGAAUGACAUGGUGGACGAUAUGUUGCGGGAGCGGCCGGAGAAGGACGUGGACACGUGGAUGAUGCAGUGGUUUGAGCGGGCGUAUUUGCGUCAGCAGCAGGAUGAAUCCAAGCAACACGGCACCCGACACCCACAAUCACAAUCACAAUCACAAUCACAAUCACAAUCACAAUCACAACUACACCAACAAGAACACGAACAGAAGGAAGAGGACUCUCAUGUGGAGGAGACAUCAUUGUGUCUUCUUGAAAGUACAAGUGGGGUGUCGAGUGCGGGUGAUAGAAAGAGCAGCCACGCACGGCCGUCGCCAGUGGUAUCGUGUACUGCAAAGAUGUCUCCAUCCGCGCCAACAGUGUCUCUUGCACCUCCACGCAAUGCAGGCAAUGGAGUGACGAAUUACAUAUCACCAACAGAGCCGUGCAAUCCCAACUCGAUGGAAUCCCCGUGUCGUUACCAUUCAGCUCUGCAUGCCUAUCCGGCCGUAUCGCAAUCCGGCUUCCCUGCAGGUGGUAGUAGUAGCACGAGCACGAGUAAUGGUAAUAGUAGUAGUGGUGGGAGCGGCAACAGCAGCCCCGGCAACGGCAAUUGUGGUCCGCCGGUGUCCGCCAUCGUCGCCCAACGUUCACUCCCCGCCCCGCAGCCGCCGCGACUGCACUCCGCCGGGGCCGAGCCGCAAACACCAUCGCCGCAGCCACAACCGCCGCAGCAGUCACAACACAGCGUGGGGCGUAUACCGCGCGGUGCGGAGAUACGAUUAAAAGUUCAUUCUGCGCAUCUAACAGACAUAGGCAGCAGUGAUGCACUUUUACCGAAGCCUGUGUGA